UCUGAGCACACCUUUCUGAGCCGACGGAAGUAGUGUAGCUGCCAUUACAGUAGGAUAGCUUGUCGUGUGGGAACCGGCUGUUGGUCAGUUUAGUUAGCAUUUAUUUAGUGGUUUAGCAAGUAAUGCGAGUUCCUCAAGACAUGGAUGACGAUGAAAAAGGAAAAUUAUUUGUGGGUGGAUUAUCAUGGGAAACAUCACAAGACAAUCUACAGCGAUAUUUUUCGCGGUAUGGCGAGGUAAUAGAUUGCGUUGUUAUGAAAAAUUCUGAAUCAGGACGUUCUCGGGGUUUUGGUUUCGUCACAUUCUCAGAUCCAGCAAAUGUCGCACUUGUUUUACAAAGUGGUCCACACACACUUGAUGGCCGAACAAUCGAUCCUAAGCCAUGUAAUCCUCGUACAUUACAAAAGCCAAAACGUGGCGGAGGUUAUCCAAAAGUUUUUCUUGGUGGAUUACCGUCAAAUGUUACUGAGACUGAUUUGAGGACAUAUUUUACUCGUUUUGGUAAAGUAAUGGAAGUUGUGAUUAUGUACGAUCAAGAAAAGAAGAAAUCUAGAGGUUUCGGAUUUUUAUCAUUUGAGGACGAUGAUGCGGUUGAUCGUUGUGUGUCCGAACACUUUGUAAACUUAAAUGGUAAACAAGUUGAAAUUAAAAAAGCUGAACCACGAGACGGAUCAGGUGCCGGUAAAUUAACUGGAGCAGACGCAAGUGCUUGGGGGCCCCCACAAGCACCAAUGGGAAUGAUGCAAGGACCAAAUGGACAAAUGGGUGGUCCACCAAUGAACAUGGGAGCACCAAUGGGGCCAAAUAUGUUACAAGGAUAUCAAGGUUGGGGUACAUCUCCACAACAACAAAGUUACGCUGGAUACGGUACACCAUCAGGGCCAGGUUCAUAUCAAGGCUGGGGUGCACCUCCAGCUCCUCAAGGUCCACCACCACAAUGGGGAAAUAACUAUGGAGGACCACCUCAACAACAAGGAUAUGGAUCUUAUGGAGAUAUGUAUUCACGUCAACAAUCUGGUCCGGCCGGACCAGCAACUGCAAGUGCACCUCCAAUGGCGCAAUCUACAACAGCUGCUAGCAAACCUGCUUCUGAUUAUUCAAGUUAUGGAGCUGGCUAUGGUACUGGUUAUGGCGCUGAUGCAACUGGUUAUGGACAACCACCACGUUCAUACGGCAGCGACGCGGGAUCCCAAGCUGGAGGGUAUGCCUCUCAGCCACCCAACGCAGGUGACUACAAUACAGCAGCAGGUGAUUCAACUUAUUCCGGUGGUGGCCCACAACGAGGAGGUAACUACACGCCGGUACAACAAACGUCGUAUCAUCCAUAUCGACGUUAAAAAUUUCAUCCAAAUACAAAUACACAACUUAGUUCAUGUUUUAAAACACAAACUACCGGUAAAAAUAUCCCAUGGAGUCUGCUUGGAAGGGGAUAAUAAAACAAAUUUUUGUUUAUUUUUUUGCUAUCUUUUUAUAUUUAUUUUAUUACGACAGAAUUUAUUUCCAAAUAUAACUUAACAACAAUAUCUGAAAUGGAUUGCGAUUGAUAUAUGAAAGAGCAGAAGGAGCAGAAGCCCAAAAAAAUAAGGAAACAAUUUCAUUUGAUCAUUCUUAUUUUUUGUGUAUCAAAUUGCAUGAGUCGUGACUACUUUUCCAACAUGAAUUCAAUUUCGAUAUUCAUUUAAAAUGUCUAUUAAUAUUUAAAUUAGUAUUUCGUAAAUAUUUCUUUUUUGUUUUUCUUAAUAAUUAUUGCCAUAUUCUUUUGGCGCGACCAAUU